GGACGAAAUGACAGCCGAAUUAACCGCAGCCGAAUUACAACCCGGCCAAAUAUUCGACAACAUCGAACUGGAAAAUAGCAACUGUAGUACAGGAUUAAAUAAUGAAGACUCAAGUAGAUUGUCUGAAGGCAAUGUCUUGGCCGUGAAAAAGCCCAAGGGAAAUUUAAAAUGGCAAGGCGACUACAAUGAACUCUGUCAAUUUGUUGAUGAUCUAGAACUACAGCCGGGCAGUUGGUCAACACCAGGAGGUAACUGUAAACUUUUUGAAAACGGUGAAGUAGCGAUACGAUGGUACUCGAAUACGAGAACCAUAACUCUAAAAGGGGAGAGAGCAGCCGAAGUUAAAGAUAAAAUAAAAUUAAAAAAAAAACUCAACCAGGAGUUGGGCAGCGAAUUAUGCAAAAAAUUUGCAUGUCGACUUGGAAUCAACAAACAGUCAUUUGCAUACCGGGUCACAACACGAUAA